GAACAUUCAUUAGAUAUUAUGUCAUUGCCAUUUAUUUGAUUCCAUCACUCUCUCUUGUCUUAUCUUCCACCGCUCCAACCCAAGUUUCAACACUAUCUUUCUGCCUUUUGUUGUUUGUGACCCCCUCAAGUCUCAACUCAAAUCACUAACCAUGACAGAACGUUUCUCCCUCAUCCUCACAGUUGCAUUGCACUUGCACUCAAGGUAAUGAUGCAUAUGGAUUUUGAUAUUUAAGUGCACCCUUUUCUUUUCCAUCACUUCCCUCGUUUUCUGCAUCCCCUUACAGUGGGGCUUCCCUGCUACACCACCUCCUUCUCUCUUUGCAUUCUGAUAUCUAUAUUUGCUUUUUAUGACGCCAUUAAGAACCACACCACUUUGCGUUACAGAGGUAUAUAUGUUUUUAUGCUUAUAAAUAAUGUGACCCUUCCCUUGUAGUAGUGGACCUCUAAGCCGCCCCCAUUGUCCUAUUAUCCACACAUGCAUUUAAUUUCCAGUUUCCUUCUGCAACACUCUUCUUUCCCUUCUUCCUUUUUUUGGUUAUGAUGAGUAGACCCUGACCCCAAUUGUUAUCACUUCAGUGUGUGCAAGUGCAAGGUUAUUAUUGAGAGUACAAGGUAAAAAAAACAAAGGGGUGUUAUUAAAUAUUAUUAAUUGUUGUGGUUUGGUGUGGUAAUGAGUGGUGAAGAUGGGCAAAGCACCUUGUUGUGAGAAACAUGGGGUCAGAAGGGGAGCUUGGACACCCGAAGAAGACCAAGCUUUGGUUGACUACAUCCAGAAACAUGGCCAUGGAAGUUGGCGUUCACUCCCCAAACAUGCAGGUCUCCUAAGAUGUGGAAAAAGUUGUCGGCUUCGGUGGAUAAACUAUCUUCGCCCAGGCAUCAAGCGUGGCCCAUUUACUAGUGAAGAAGAAAGUACAAUCGUUCAACUUCAUGGCAUGCUUGGCAACAGGUGGGCUUCUAUAGCAUCUCAACUACCUGGAAGAACAGACAAUGAGAUUAAGAACUUCUGGAACACCCAUCUAAAGAAGCGUCUCCUUCGAUCAUGUCAUUCCCAAAUAGCAAAACAGCUAUGUGUGAUUCCUGAUCAAUCCAUUGUCAAGUCCGAAUCUCCUUCGACGCGGCACAUGGUACAGUGGGAGAGUGUGAGAGUUGAGACAGAGGCAAGGUUGUCAUUGGAAUCCACAAUGCUCAAUUCAUGGCCAACGAGUAAAACAUGCCCUGAUCACUUUCUUCAACUUUGGCAUUCAGAGGUUGGAAAAUCAUUUCGCAUGAUCAAGGGAAAGGAAGAAGGAGUAGUGAGUCAAAGCCUUAUCUCACAACCUUCAUCUUCAUCAAAAUUGGAGUCUUGUUCAGAUGUGUCAUUGCAGGUGAAAACCAACACUGGAACUAGUAGCUGCAUUCCAAAGCUUGAGGAUGUGAGCAUGGUUCAUGAACAAACAAGUAGCUACAAACCAAAGCUUGAUGAUGACACAGCUGGUUCUGACUCCGGCAAUUAUGAAUUUCUUGAUACUUCUGAUUCUGCACUGAAGCACCUUCUACAUAUGCCUGAUAGUGAUAUGGGAUUCUUGGGACACAAUGAUCAUUUCCAAAAUCUCCUUGAUGGUACAUGUGACUAAGAUAGUCUCCUUCAUAUUUCUUCAUAGAAAGGCAAUACUUUGAACUGAUAGGGAAAAUUUUAUUUGCCCUUUCUUCUUUUUUGUAAAUGCGCUCACCAUGUAGCUGGUUUUCAAUAGUUGGUGUAGAGGGGGAAAAAGGUAGAUAGAAGAAUAGUGGAAAGAGAUCAAGUUUACCCUCCACUUGAUGGCUGUAGCUAAAAGUUAAACAUUAAUGAAUUCAGAGUUAAUGAUAUUGUUCUUGUCCUUCAA